AUGAAUAUUAAUUUUUUCUUUAUCAUUUUAAUACUUAUCCAUGUAAGUACUCACAUAUAUUAUAUUAGAUGUAUAAAUGUUAUAUGUAAUAACUUUUUAACAAAAUGGAAUAAUAGAUCAUCUAUUAAGAAUAAGGGAAGUGACUUACAAAUAUAUGGAAGAAAUAUAUAUAAAAAUAAAAAAAAAAUAUAUAGCAAUAUAUAUAUUGAUAUAUAUAAUACCCUUUGUAAGAAUUUAUGUACAAAACGAAAUAUAUACCUUUGUUAUAGUAAAAAGAGGAAAAUACAAAAAAAGAUAUGUACCCAUAUAAAGGACAUUGAAGAAAUACGAAAAAAUCACAUAAACGAAUAUAUAAACAAAUUUAAUUUUUUCACUUCAUAUUAUUACAAUACAUACAAUUGUUUAAAUAAAAAAUGUGUAUCCUUUAUAGCAUGUUAUAAGAUAAACCGUUGUAAAAGAAAGUUAUUCAACAAAAGGAUAUUCCAUUUAUUCGAAAGGAAUAAUAAUGAUAAAUACAUAACAAAUUUGAAGUGUCUUAAAAAAAUUGAUAAUACAAUAUUAGGGAAAAAGUUUGAUGGAAAAGAAGAAGAAAUAAUUCAUGAGAUUCCUGAGAAAUUUUUAAAUUCAUUUAAAUGGGCUUUAGAAUAUAAAUUAAAAAAUACAAAUUGUAAUUUUAUGAGAAGACUAAAGGUAUCUAGAAAAACAAAGGAACCUUUAAAGAGUUUAGAAAAUUAUGCUGUAGGUUAUAAAGAAAAUUUAUUAGCCAUGUUACAAAAAGAUAAAAAUUUCUUUCUUAAUGUUAUACAAAAAUUAAAAUCUAAAGAAUAUUUUAAUUAUGAUAUAUAUACAAUAUUUAAAUUCCUUACUAUAGAUAUACGCUUUUUAUUUUAUCCAUCGUGUCUUGACGAAUCAGCUGUGUUUUAUCUCAUAUUCGGAAAUCUAGAAAAAUCAGUCCAUUUCUUUCUAAAAAAUAAACAUGCAGUUGAUUUUUCAUUAAUUCAAAAUGAACAAAAUCAAAACCAUGGAAACAAUUAUACAAAUAUCAUGCUACAACCUGUUAAAGUAGACUAUGUUUUUGUUAAUAAUGAAAAAGGUAAGAAAAACGAACACAUCCAAAAGAAUGAAGAAGAAAAAGAAAAAAUGCAAGUAGAAGAAAAAGAAAAAAUGCGAGUAGAAGAAAAAGAAAAAAUGCAAGUAGAAGAAAAAGAAAAAAUGCAAGUAGAAGAAAAACAAAACAUACAAGUAGAAGAAAAAGAAAAAAUGCAAGUAGAUGAAAAAAUAACACAACAGAAUCAAAACAAAAAUAUCAAACCAAAUAUAGUAGAAUCUCAUAAUAAUCUUUUAAAAGAUCAUGAAGAAAUUAAUACAUCAACAAGUGUUGAAGAAAAGUUUAAUUACUUCCUAAAGAAUUAUGAAAGAAUUGAAUUUUUUUUCAAACAUUAUUUUAAAAAUAUAAAAGAUUUAAAAGAUUUUUUUAAUACCAUAAACGAAAAAGAAAAUAAAAAUAUCAAAGAUAUUGUAAAUUUUGAUAUGCAUGGAAAUACUAUUAUAAAAAAAACUAAUGUACUAGAAAAUGGAAUGAACUUAGAAAUGAUUAAAAAAAUUAUUUACACAUCACCUAGAUUAUCACUAAUUAACAAAAAUACAAUUAUUAAAAGAUUAAAACAUUAUAAAAAUGAAUUAGGUUAUGAUUACAAAGAAUUACAACAUAUAUUAUAUAAUAUACCACAAUUCUUUGCAUUUGGUAAUUUAAAAAAAAAAUACAAAGAAUUAUUAUAUAUACAUGAAACAAUAAAAGAAAAAGAUUUAAAAAAACUAAUUAAAAUUUAUCCAAGAAUAUUUACAUAUAAUAUCUAUAGAACUAUAAGACCAAAACUUUUAUAUUUAAUUCUACAUUUAAAUAAGGAUUUUCAUGAUACCUUAUUAUUUCCACAAUAUUUUAGUUAUAGUUUUAGAUUAAGAAUAAUACCAAGACAUAUAGCAUAUAUGAAUAUUUAUUAUGAUGAUUAUAUUAAAUAUUAUAAUGAUCUAGUUAAAAAAUAUAAUUACGCUGAUUUCAAUAAAUAUUUUAAUGAACUCGUAUAUAACAAAGAUAAAAACAUACCACCAAUCGAUCUUAAAUCAUUAUUACAAACAUCAAAUCAGGAUUUUAUAAAGCAUUACAAUAUAUCCUAUUAUGAUUUUGUGAAAGCAACACAGCAAGCCAAACACAUACACAAUCCUUUUAUAAUAUAUUAA